AUGGCCGCCAUCGACGAGGGCAUCGGACGCGUGCUGAGCACGCUUGAUCAGUAUGGCCUCGACGGCGGCAAGACGCUGAUCGCCUUCCUCUCCGACAACGGCCCCGACGAUCAGCACGGCUGGGAGGCGCACUGGCCCAGCCACAUCAUGAUGGGCGACCCUGGCCCAUUCAGCGGCUCAAAGAACCAGUUCUGGGAGGGUGGCAGCCGCAUCCCCUUCAUCCUCCGCUGGCCGGGCGAGAUCGCCGCCGGGAGCAUCUACCGCCAGCAGGUCAUGUCCUUCGACCUUCUGCCGACCUUCAUCGCCGCCGCACACGGUCGGAUGCCGGCCGGGACCGACAGCGACGGCGUGGACUUGCUGCCCUACGUGCGCGAGUACAGCGGCGGUAGCCCGCACGAUAUCCUCUUCUGGAAGGGCGAGAAGCAGGGCGCCGCCCGCAUGGGCGACUGGAAGUACCUUCGCGGCUACCCGCCCGGCUCGCACCAGCUCUUCAACCUGAAAACCGACAUCAAGGAGUUGCGCGACGUGUCGCACGCGAACGGCGCCAUCUUCUCGGAGCUCACGAGCCGCUGGAAGGCGUGGUGCAUGACGCUGCCCAGGUCUCAUAGCGGUGUCAGCCCAGCUGCCACCCUCUCCACCUCUCAUAUCCGUAAAGCUUUACGUGCGUGCAGCUUUGUAUUGGGUCCGGAGCUAUAUUGUUUACCCACUACAACAGUAUAG